UCAUUAUAGUUAUUUAUUAAUAUUAUUGAGAAAAAUGUUAUUAUUAAAAAGAGAGAAAGAGAGAGAACUGUCUCCAUGUUGUGGCUGAUUAUGAUGUUUUGUUUCUGUUUCUGUAAUCGCAUGUGGUGCGCGGACGCUUUGAACGACGCGCGUGAAAUCGGACGCGUUGAACGAGCGGCGCACGGCGGAUUAUCAUCAUCAUCAUCAUCAUCAUCAUCAUCACCAUCACUGAUGUCGGAAGGAAAGCACUGAUAUGGCGAUGGGAUCUGAAUCUGAAUCUCCGCACGACUGUCUGCGUGGACGGUGUCUUGGGUUCCUCCGACAGAUGGAGGUUUACUCCAAGUUCCGCUAUUAUUUCCAACACCCGUGGUCCCGUGUUGUCGUGGCCUACCUCGUCACCUUCUGCAACUUCCUGGUGUUCGCCGAGGACCCGGUGUCGCACAGCCAGACGGAGGCGCACAUGAUCGUGGUGGGGAACUGCUUCUCCUUCGUGGUGAACAAAUACCCCGGCGGAGCCUGGAACGUCCUCAAGGUCCUGAUGUGGGUCAUCGCCAUCAUCACCGGACUCAUCGCCGGGAAGUUUGUGUUUCAUCGACGCCUGUUUGGUCGUGUCCUGCGUCUGAAGAUGUUUCGUGAGGAUCACGGCUCUUGGAUGACCAUGUUUUUCAGCACGAUUCUCUCGCUCUUCAUCUUCUCUCACAUCUAUAACCUCCUCCUGCUCAUGAACGGACAGAUGGGUCCUCACAUGGUGACGGAGUACAUGGGCAUCAGGAACGAGAGCUUGAUGAAGAUCGCCGCUGUCGGGACGUGGAUGGGGGAUUUCGUGACCGCGUGGAUGGUGACAGACAUGAUGCUGCAGGACUCUCAUUACCCGUGCUGGGGCCGGACCGCGAGGCACUACUGGAGGCAGGGUCACAACCGGAUCGUGUUGUUCUGGGCGGUUCUGAUCUCUCUGACGUCUGUGGUGGUUCUGGUCAUCAGUACGGACUGGAUCCGCUGGGAUAACCUGAACCGGGGGUUCCUGCCCAGUGACGAGGUGUCCCGAGCCUUCCUCGCCUCCUUCAUCCUGGUGUUCGACCUCCUCAUCGUCAUGCAGGACUGGGAGUUUCCGCACUUCAUGGGCGAUCUGGACAUGAACCUCCCGGGUCUGUCCACCACCCAGCUGAAGUUCAAACUGCCCGUGUGCAAACGCGUCUUUAAAGAGGAGUAUCACAUUCACAUCACUGGUAAAUGGUUUAAUUACGGAAUCAUCUUCCUGGUCCUCAUUCUGGACCUCAACAUGUGGAAGAACCAGAUCUUCUAUAAACCCUAUGAAUACGGUCAAUACGUGGGUCCAGGAGAGAAGAUCUACACCGUGGAGGAUCCGGAGACGCUGUCAGACUUCAACCGGAGCACGCUAACCUGGGAAUGGCGGUCCACUAACAUAGACCCGCGCACCAACCGCACGUACAUCCAGACGGACAUGUUCCUGCACAGCCGCUACGUGGGGUCCAGUCUGGACGUGAAAUGCCUGGCGUUUAUCCCGAGUCUGGCGGCUUUCGUGCUCUGUGGGUUCUUCAUCUGGCUGUUCGGCCGGUUCCAAGGUGGCGAGGUUUUCCCGGAGAACCCGGACAAGAGCUACGAGCGCAUCAAGCGCUCCGAUCUGGGAGUCACGCCGGAGGAAGUCGAGGCGUUUAAGAGGAGCGGGACGCCCAUGUUGCUCUUGGUGGACACUCAUCAUUUCGGGUCUUCGGACAACUCCAUGUCACCGUGCUCGAGCGAGACCCAGGAGACGCAACCCAGUGUAGCCCACGAGGACCCCGGUGAUGUCAAAAAACUGACCCCGUGACCUCAGCCAAAGGUCAGAUCCACUCUAGGAAUAUUUGAUGUUGUUUGGUGUCGGGUUUGUCCAACAAACUUCCAAAGUAUGUUGCUGAUUGGUAAGGGCUGCACCCUAAUAGCCGUACGCUAGUCGACGAGAAGAGGCUUAGACAACGAUGUGUGAAGUUUUUCCUUUGAGUUUUCCGACACCAUCGUCAAAACGAUCCCUAUUCACACGGAUACGGGAAAACGACUAAAAGCGCUGUGUUCUGCUGCCAGGCCACUAGAUGGCGAUAACACUAUAGACUGAACAGGUUAUACCCAUGAGCAUGACGUCAUCGGUUUCAGAGAUCCUCGUUUUCUGUUGUUUUCAGUCCCCCAAAACUGUUGUCGUGUAAGCGAACGGCCAAAACGCUAAGUUUUACGUUUUUAGUUGAAAUGGCGUCGUUUAAACAGCCCAUAAGUCUACCAAUAUUUUAUUAGACAGGGGAAAAAAACAAAUGUGGGAUAGAUCAUUAAUGGCGGGUCCUUGUGGAAAAUAAAUGAAAUUAAGUGAGGCCGGAAAUCGAAACGUUCUCAUAUCAUCCGUCGACACGAUUCUGGACAAAUUGUGCAUUACGUGUUUUUCUUUUUCUUUCAAAGAUUCUUCCACGAUUCUGAGCUAAUUAGAGAAAGCUAAUAUGUAAUUUAAUAAUAUGUAAUUUUCUGCAGUCUAUUUAAAAAAAAUUCAAUUUUGGGGGGGAAUGAAUGAUUCAAUAAAAAAAAAUUUUUUUAAGUCACAUGUCGCCACCUACUGGUGUAACGAUGUUAUUGACACAAUCGCCAAAUUACUUUCCAUAGCUCUAUUUUGAUCACUCCCUUAGAGUUUAUAAUCCGAACUUCAAACUUUUAUUCCAGUACUUCUGUGAUCAUCUGAAUAUUUCUUACAUUUCUGUGUGAAUGAGUCUAGAUAGAUAUCAGAUUUGAAUUUUCCAGUGGGAUUCAGACACUAGCGAAUCGUCUUUUAUGAAUGAAAUUGUGUGGGUUUUUGAAUCCAGCUCACAAUUUUUUUUUAUGAUUAAUCGUGCAGCUCUAAAAACGGAACCAAUUCAAAUCAAAAUCAAAAACUCUUUGCUUAUGUAAUCCAUAUGAAAGGUGCAUUUCUCUCUAUAUAUAUUGCGUAGAUGGCGAGUCAACAUCGUCAACUUCAACUGACUCAGAAAACACUGUUUUAUUUAUAAUUGAAAUUGCUAAUUUACGGCAUUCAUAAUCAUUACGGUGUUUUGCGUCAAGCUUUAUGUGCUCUUGAGCGUGGAAUAUGCUAUUUAUUAUGCCUAUAUAUUUAUAUAUAUAUUAGGCUCAUUAUGGUUCAGUACUCUCCUCAGUAUAUAUUUAAGUAUAUUACUAGAUUAGUCGACCGAUGGCUUAAACGCACGACUUCUAGUCGACUAUGAAAGGGGGCAGCUCGACUGAUGGGCUACGAUUCUACGAUUUCUAUUUUUUUUUAUCAAUAUUUUCAGCGAUGUUGCACAUGGCACCAACUUUUUGAACUCAAACUUUGAAGCGUCCCUCGAAGACGUUGAUCUAUGGUGCUGGAUGUUUGUUUUUUGUACGUGUUUUUAUGUGAUUCGCCUGUGCCUACAUGGAUAACAUGCUGUCCUCACAGUGAACGCAUGGCAUGAUGGUCAUGAAAACACUCUAACUGAACACCUACAGCUGUGCCUUCAUGAACAAACCUGCGCGUGGGAUGUUGCUUCAUGUCUAAUCGUUAUCUGUAUAUCAGUUAUUUAAACACCAAACUGCUGUGCCACCAAAUAUAUCUUCACAUGCAUGUGUUGGAAAAUCUGAUUCUGCCAAAGUAAUGCCAUCUCAAAAACCGAUUGCUUUGUAUUUUAUACUUGUGUUGUUUUGAAACCAUGUUCGUCCGUGUGUUUUUUUUUCUUCUUGUCUUAAAAUGUUUGGAUGGUAAAUAUCCACAUCAAACCCUGUUAUCAAUAAAGACCUUCUUUUGA